GUUACACCGGAAGCACUAGUUGGAGUAGCCAUGAAGAUGACAGAUGAAAACAUUUCUGGAAACUCCGAAAUAACAAUGGAUGAUGUUAAAAACCUCAUCAAGAAGAAAGAUGAAAUUGAAGAGCAGAUAAAGGCGUAUUACGACGUCCUACAAGACCAGGGGGUCGGAGUUGAAGACUCUUUGGUGGAUGCGGAGGGUUACCCACGAGCAGAUGUUAAUCUGUACCAGAUUAGGACGGCAAGGCACAACAUUUCAUGCCUACAGAACGAUCACAAGGCCAUCAUGGCGGAGAUAGAAGAAGCCCUGCACAAGUUGCAUGCUCGAGAGAAAGCCAAGCGGGAACAGGAUGAGGCAGAAGCCCAGGAGGAGGCGAUGGAACAUCAGGUUACGCUGCCGCCACCUUUUGCACGGGUUGAUGCUGUGACAGAGGGAUCACCUGCCUGUGGAGCAGGGCUCCGAGUCGGUGAUGAAUUGAUCGAGUUUGGUUCUGUGAACACGGGGAACUUUCAGAACCUCCAGAAUAUUGCUUCUGUGGUGCAACACAGUGAAGGGAAACCAUUGCAUGUCUCGGUGAUCCGGGCUGGCCAGAAAGUUCAGAUGAGCCUGACUCCACAGCGGUGGUCAGGCAGAGGUUUGCUGGGAUGUAACAUCGUUCCAGUUCAGCGGUGAUCACCCUAACACUUAAAGUUUGAAAACUCUUUCUCUGGCCUUUUCACUACUUUAUGGGAACUUGGAACAAUAUCCCUUAUUCCAGUUUUCAGAACAGGAUGUAUGAAAAUAAAGCACCUCUGUUCAAGAA